UAGAAAUGGGAAGAAGUUACUCGAAGUUGAGGCCAGAGGUCAUCGACGACUUGACAAGACUGACAGGGUAUUCUGCCCAUGAACUACAUCAGAAAUAUUCGGAAUUCCUUACGUUCCAUCCAUCAGGGAAAAUGGCAGAAUCAGAGUUUAUUGAAAUGUAUCAAAGUUUAUUUCCAAAAGGAGAUGCAGAAAAGUUUGCACUUCUCACUUUCAACAGCUUUGACAAAAAUCGUGAUGGAGGUGUUGAUUUCAAGGAAUUUAUCUGUGCUUUGUAUAUUACAAGUCGGGGUCAAGUACAGGAGAAGCUAGAUUGGGCAUUUAACCUGUAUGACAUUGAUCGCAAUGGCUACAUUUCUAGAGAGGAAUGUUUGGAAAUCAUCUCUGCUAUUCACUGCAUGAUGGAUGUAAAGAGUGAAAGCCCAGCAAGUAUGACUGACAAGAUUUUCGAGCAAUUAGACAAGGAUAUGGAUGGUCGUGUUUCAAAAGAAGAGUUUAUUGAGGGAAGCUCUGCUAACCCAUCAAUUAUUAGUAUUCUCAGCACUAGAACUGAAAAGUGAAAAACUUUUCAACAUUCAUGCUAAUAUAUCAAAUCAGAUGAUCAGAGUUUAGAAAGUUAAACCAUGCUAUCAUGGGUUUUGAUUUAUGGUCUUUGUCUAUAAAUCAGAGAAAAAUAUAUAUUUUAGUUUCAUGAUUUGGGAUCCUGUAACUUACUCUUGGUCACUAAAUAAGUCGAUUUUGGACACUGGGCAGUAGUUACACUGAACAAUGUUAUCAUUGUACAACAUUAUCACCGACCAAUGUUUGUUUUUGUUGAAAAACCAAUGUACACAACUUAUACUUUUUACCUUUUCAUUGUAAUAUAUUAUUGUAUGUGUUAACUUCAAUCGAACAAAUAUGAAUGAACAUCUAUAUUCUCAUAUAAUGACUUUUUAAAAAUGUUAUGUUAAUGCUAUAUGAAUUUUUGAA